GGCAGAGGCAUUAGAAGAGGAAAGUCAGCAGUUGCAAUCGACGACGGGAACUGAAAGAGGGAGCAGCACAGCAGAAAGGAAAAGAUAAGAUGUGUGGUAGAGUGCGUUGCACUCUCAGAGCCGACGACAUCCCCAGGGCAUGCCACCGCAACACCGCCACCGUCCGCUCCGUCAAUAUGGACCGGUACCGCCCGUCUUUCAACGCAUCACCGGGUUCGAAUUUGGCGGUUGUCCGUAGAGACGACGCAGCCAGUGGUGGGGACGGUUAUGCUAUCCACUGUAUGAAGUGGGGAUUAAUUCCUAGUUUCACUAAGAAAUCUGAGAAACCGGAUUUCUACAAGAUGUUUAAUGCACGAUCUGAAUCACUGAGCGAAAAGGCUUCUUUUCGUCGCCUGAUUCCAAAAAGCAGGUGUCUUGUUGCAGUAGAAGGAUUCUAUGAGUGGAAAAAAGAUGGGUCAAAAAAGCAGCCCUACUACAUUCAUUUCAAGGAUGGUCGGCCUCUUGUGUUUGCUGCUCUUUAUGAUUCAUGGCAAAACUCUGAAGGCGAGAUACUUUACACCUUUACUAUAGUCACCACUGCUGCAUCUUCAGCUAUACAAUGGUUGCAUGACAGGAUGCCUGUUAUUUUGGGUGACAAGGAAGCAACUGACAUAUGGCUAAGUGUUUCUUCCAAUUCCAAAUUUGAUACGGUGCUUAAGCCUUAUGGACAUUCUGAUUUGGUAUGGUACCCAGUGACACCUGCGAUGGGCAAGCCAUCUUUUGAUGGACCAGAGUGUAUUAAAGAGAUACAUUUGAAGAUGGAGGAAAAGGGUACUAUCUCAAAGUUCUUCUCACGAAAGGAAUUUAAAGAAGAAUCAAAUCCUGAAGAAAGUACACAUGGCAAAUCUCUCAACUUGGAGCCAAAAAGUGUGAAAGAGGAGUAUGAAAGUGAAGAGAUGUUAAAAACUCCAUGCUCCGCUAGAACAGUGGACCAUGAUUUGAAAUCAAAACUCGAGACUUUUUCACAUGAGGGUGAAACGAAGUGCAAAACAAAACGCGACCGUGAGGAGGUGGUUGAUUCAAAGCCGAAGACAGAUGAAAUUGUCAAACCACGGGCAAGUCCAGCAAAGAAGGCCAAUCUCAAGAGCGUUGAUGAUAAACAGCCAACACUUCUUUCAUACUUCGGCAAAAAGUAGGAUUCGUGCACCCUGAAAUUCAAAAAUCACGAGCAAACUGUAUAUAUACACACUUCAACACUAAUUUCCUCGUGGUUGUCAUCUCUGAGAUCUAGAUGAAAGCUUUAUUGUACAACACAAGCCUACAGCACAGUUCAGCAUGGGAGGUUUUGUGUUUUGACCUUUUUUUCUGCGUGAAUCUGUUUGUACUCUAGCUAGCACCUCCAAUUGGUACCCUGUAUGCACAAGGUAGCACUCCUUGUAUCUGAUUGGAAGCUACUGUUGGGAUGAUGCUACCGAGACUGCAUGUAAAAAUUUAAAUCUCUCUAUUAUCUUUUCGCUGACCCCA